AUGUUUGAGCCUCCCCGAGUUGCAGAACUGCUAAAGCCAAUGAGCCCCCGACCAAUCCACCAUGACGCCGCUCUGCAGGUUUGUUUGGAUGACUGCACCCAGCGCCUUGAGGGUGCUUUGAAUGCAGAGGACUUGCAUGACUUCAUUCAAAAGAGGCAAGUGCCCACAGAAUCCAUGCGAGAACGGAAGAACAAGGACACACCGAAGCGGAAGGAGAAGGACAACCAGAAGCUCCUGACGGCAUCAGAAGAAAAGAAGCGGAGAAAGUCCAAGGCCAAGAAAUCUCCAAGCCUCCAGCUGCCUUUGUGUUCUCCAGUCUCCAGCUUCGAAGGUUUGAAGCCGGAGCACCUCAUUGCGCAAGUGAGAGAAGUGCUUGAAGAGAUGGACAGCAGCAACAGGCAGUUUGGCAUCAAUGGAUGUCGAAACGCCUGGAUCGUGAAGCCUUCUGGCAAAUCGAGAGGGCGAGGGAUUAAGGUGAUGCGGGAGUUAGAUGAGAUUUUUCGACACUGCGAGAGCGAUGGCUUCCAAUGGAUCUGCCAGAAGUACAUCGAACGGCCGCAGCUGAUUCAUGGCUACAAGUUUGACAUUCGGCAGUGGGUCUUGGUGACCGACUGGAACCCGCUGACCGUGUACAUUUGGAACCAGCCUUAUCUCAGAUUUGCUGGCCAAAAGUACGAUGAGACUUUGUCCGACCGAAGCGAGUAUGUUCACCUGGUGAACAAUUCCAUCAUCAAGCACAUGGACGGCUUCAAGAACAAGAAUGAGGACCUCAAUGCUCAAGGCUACAUGUGGUUCCGGCAACAGUACGAGGAAUGGCUGCACGAUCGCUUUUGCACCUGCGAGAAGCAUCGAACGCCCUUUUUGAGGCCGCCACCCUACACCUGCGAGACCUUUGGAGUCCGCUGGGAGGACGUGAAGUUCACGACCGAGGAGGACGACUCCGACGACGGUGAGGACGCCCCUCGGCCCGAGGCCACUGAGCAUUUGGAGCUCCCUGAGACGAGGCUGCCAGGUGCCGACACUCCCUCAGAAGCAGGCUCGCAGUCACCAUCCUCUCAAUCAGAGGAAGGUGUAAAGGGCGCAGCUGAGAAGGCAGUGCGUGAUGGAUUCAGAGUGGUUUGA